UCCUUGUGCCUGAUUGGGCAGCGUGAAUCCCACCGCUCUCCCGCAGUAGUGAGGCUUAUAGUGAAGAGUGCCCCUCGCAUUCCCCCAUUGGUCGUUAGAAGGUCCGCCUUGUUGUUUGAUUGGUGAUCGACCCCUGCCCUAGUGGCCGGUGAGGGCCAACUGCCGCCGCUUUUCGGCCCGGCAUGGCGGGUUGCAAGGCGUCCAGAACCCGAGCCCGCAGGAAAAGUGGCCGGAAUCGGCCAGCUACUCCGAUUUUAUAGAAGAACUAUUCCCAUAUGAAGAUGGGACUGCUGGUGUUUAUGCGUAACGUGCUACUUGCUCUCUGCCUCUUUCUAGUCUUGGGGUUUCUGUAUUAUUCAGCUUGGAAACUGCAUCUUCUCCGAUGGGAGAAUUCAAAUUCAGUGGUUCUUUCCUCUGACUCCGUUGGACAUUCAAUAGGCUCAGAAUAUGACAAACUAGGAUUUCUUCUGAAGUUGGAUUCCAAACUGCCUCCAGAGAUAGCAUCAAAAUAUGGUAAUAUCUCAGAGGGUGUUUGCAAGCCUGGGUAUGCUUCUGCUUUGAUGACUGCCAUUUUUCCAAAAUUCUCCAAGCCAGCACCAAUGUUUUUGGAUGAUUCCUUCAGGAAAUGGGCAAAAAUCCGGGAUUUUCUUCCACCUUUUGGGAUUAAAGGACAAGAUAAUCUAAUCAAAGCCAUUUUGUCAGUAACCAAGAAUUACCACCUUACUCCAGCCCUUGACAGUCUUAGCUGCCGACGAUGUGUCAUUGUGGGAAAUGGUGGCAUUCUAGCAAACAAGUCACUGGGGUUGAAAAUUGAUGACUAUGAUAUUGUUAUCAGGCUGAAUUCUGCUCCAGUGAAAGGCUUUGAAAAGGAUGUUGGUGGCAAGACAACAAUGCGGAUAACGUAUCCAGAAGGGGCUAUCCAGAAACCGGAGCAGUAUGAGAAGGAUUCCCUGUUUGUACUGGCAGGGUUCAAGUGGCAGGAUUUCAAGUGGCUGAAGUACAUUGUUUAUAAGGAAAAAGUGAGUGCUUCUGAUGGCUUUUGGAAGUCUGUGGCAACCCAUGUUCCAAGAGAGCCCCAUGAGAUCCGAAUCCUGAAUCCAUAUUUCAUCCAGGAGGCAGCCUUCAGCUUUAUUGGCCUUCCUUUCAACAACGGCCUGAUGGGCAGAGGGAACAUUCCUACCCUGGGAAGUGUAGCAAUUACCAUGGUGCUCCACAAUUGUGAUGAAGUAGCAGUGGCUGGAUUUGGUUAUGACAUGAACUCUCCCAAUGCACCACUACAUUACUAUGAGAACAUCAAGAUGUCUGCCAUCAAAGAGUCCUGGACGCACAACAUCCAGCGAGAGAAGGAGUUCCUACGAAAACUGGUAAAAGCUCGAGUAAUCACGGACCUCACCAGUGGAAUCUGAAGAAAAGCACAGCCACUGUGCUGGAGAGCACAGCCACAUGUAUCCGGAUAAGGACAAGGGCAGCGAGAGGUCUUGAGCCAGAAUCCCAGCUUCUUAGAGAUGCCCUGUGUCUGUGGAUCGUCUCCCUGGCUUGCUUUGUCUGCCUGCAUCGGGGCCAGCAGGGGAGCAGCAGCUCUUGGUUUAAGAGGGCCAGCCCUCACUUGGAACUGCAGGAGGAUGUUUUGCUGGAGAUAAAACGUCAGUGGAAAGAAGAAAAAUAGGCCUGUGAAACAAAAUAAAUUUGUGCCAAGCGGAAACAGGAGCCAGGCCAGAUGCAGCAGUGUUUGAAUGUAGAAGACGUUAUUUUUUUUAAUAGCAAGAGAUGAGAAUUACAAUAAAUAUAUCAAUGGGCAAAGUGGAGCCUAGCCUUUGAACAGGCCGGGUGGGACGCUUCCAUUAGCACUGCAUCCAGCCUGUCCCUGGGCCAGCCAUGGCCCCUUUGCAGGGUCUCAGCUCAUCCAAGGUUUGUCUGCUGUUGGUGCUGCUAUAACGUCAAGGUAUUGUGACCUCUCUUUGCUCUAGAUGGAGCAAAUUAGAGUUCUGUUAGAUCUUCGGACUCCCUGCUUCUCAGGGGGUCUCCACUGCUGCCACUGUUCAUCUGGCUGCAUUUUUACACUAUCCAGGAAGCUCACCUCAUUAUGUUUAGGGGACUUAACCUGAUUUGCAGGUUUACCACAGAUUCUGCUGGCAGAUAACCCAGUAUUCGUUUUCGUAAGUAUCUGUAUCAUGCUUCUGAACAGUAUGAUACUUUUUCUGUUCUUGUUUCUUUGGAGAAGGAAUAAUUUAUUUUUGGAUAAGAACCAAAACUGUCCUAAAAUAUGAAGAUUUAUCACUGUUUAUAGUGCCAGAGAUUCAUUCUACUAUACUUAGUUUAUGAGAAUAAUACCUUGAUAGGGUGUAGAUUUUUCUGUACACUAUGAUAAAAGAUGACAACUACCUUGUUUUUCAGCUUCCAUAUGUCUGGUUUUGUUUUGUUUUUUCCAGACGAUUUCUACAUCCCUCUCUAUUCUUUUUAAAAGAAUAGCAGGGACUCUUUGUUACAUCUCUGCUCUUUGUUUCAAAUGCAGUAUUUGCACAAGUAUGUACUAUCUGUAUUGGUAAGAUUCGAAAUACACGUUUGAGACCCAGUGGUGCAUUUCAGUUAAUUAGCUUGCCUUUCCUUAUAUGAAGAGGAUGUGAGAACCUGGCAACUCUUCUCAUGAAGACAGAGCUGAAGAAUUCUCAUCCUGUAUAGGUCAAGGGCACAGCUUGCAUUCAGUACUGUGAAUAUGCAUUUUGCUUGCUCAGUGCCCUAAACUAAGAUAGGAGGUUCUUAACAGGGCACUGGGUACACUGCCAAAUAAGCAAAGUUGAGGCAGUAGCUCAACUGUUCCCAUAAUUAUUUUUAGAGAUGGUCAGAAACUGGAAAAAGUACAACUCUAUAAUAAUGCAACUAGUAAUGUAAAAGAUCCUACACAAUCACGUAGUAAUGUCUUUGCAGAAGAAGUCUACAAUAUUGGCCUGUCUGAGUAAUGUGGCAGUGUACCCCAAAUGUGCAGUUUUCAUUGCAUACAUACUUCAGUAUGCCUGCUUGAAUGGCGGAGGGUAACUGCUUUAUUUGUUGGCCUUCAUAGUCUUGACAGACCCUUCCCAACCAAGAGUAAAUUUUAAUAUGUCUAGAGUAUGGGCCUGCAACUAGCAUUUCUAAACAAUUUAUGUAGUUUGCUGCCCCAAGACGUUAUGAUGGUAACUUGUAACUUUAAAAUUAGAUAAAAUAAGUACAGGGAGGAUAAGGCCAUCCAAUAGUUAUUAUGGUUAUAUGGAACUUGCUGAUUCAGAGGAGGGGUACUUUGAAAUAUCAGUAGCUGAAGAGCAAUGGCACUAUAUGUUACUACCUUCAUGCCAUGAAUGUAGGUCUCCUGGAACAUCUGGCUGGCAAUUGAGGGAAGCAUGGUGCUGGGCUAGUUGGGCUUUUGAUCUAAUCUGAUGGAGCUUAUCUCCUUAAUCUUAUGAUUGGAAGCCAAUAUCUUUGAAUUUUACCCGUUCUCCAUUUAUUCGCUAUGGACAUGUCCUUCUGAAGGAGGAUAAGCAUAGAAAUAUCGUUUGGCCACACCAGCAAAAGUUGGAAUGGCUCCACAGGCCUAAGGAAUAUAGUAUUCACCUGAAAGACUAGUUUUUCCCUAAAUAAUUUACCUUUAAAACAAGAUUCACUUAGAUGGCAAUGGAGAUAAAUUCAUUUUGUUUUUCAAUCUCCCUUUUGGAAGGAAGGGACCAACUUUUGUAUAAAUAUGGUACUUGAGUCACUGAGGUGUUUGGGUGGAGCUAAUUGCAGCACUUGUAUCAGUGUAUAUGUUUCUUGGAUUACAUGUUCUUUUUCUGUGUCCUUUUCUCACUGGAUGUUGUGAGUCCAGGAUUCCACACUUGUCGGCAGCUAAACAUCCACUCUCCAAACAGUCAGGAUGGGUUUUGUACUAAAAGGAGACAAACAUACACAAGGAAAACCUAGAGAGAAAGAUAGAUAGACAGACCUCUAGGUGGAAGCAAAGUAACAUAAACCAAUUGCUGAGAGGAGGCUCAGGAGCCAUCUCCACCAAGGUGUUUAUGGUGCAGGAAGCAUACACUUCAGCCUCAAACUUGGCAUGCUCUUCCAGAUCACUCUCACUAAAUGCAAAAACAAGAUACAGGUCUUGCAUACCUUAUAACUGGGCAGCCUGUCAUUCAGUCUUCACCUGCUGAAAUUCCCUCUUUACAUAAAGGUUUGGGAGCCUAUUCUCUUUUGCAUCUGGCCAUUGCAUCUAAUACCCAUGCUUAUUAUGCACUUAAUCUGUCAUCUAAUCAGUAUGGCUCACAUUUGGGGGUGGAGGGUUGGCUGCUGCUUGUAUAUAUUAUUACUGUUACAGCAGCCAGAUUUUCUGGAUUGUCGAUAAAAGUGUAUUUCUAUAGCAACAAACGUAUAUAGAGCUACCAUCCCCAUUACUUAUGUUAUAUGAAUUUUUAAAGGUUUGAGUCUUAAUCUUUGUUUUAACUUCUAGCACCAGAACCAGUCCAGAUUCUUCCUAAAACAAUUAACAGUACAUAUGAAACUUCAUUACAUAUAACCUAAGGCUAGGCCUUAGUUCUUUUUCUGUUUCUCUCUGACAUUCAUUUAUCAACUGGUUCAGCAUCCUGUGCUUUAAGCAUACAGUGUAUCUUAUUAGGAUGCUUCUUGCAAGCCUUUUCAUUGUUUUGAAUUUAGCUCAUUUUAAUGCACUUCUGUUGUGAGGUUUUCUGCUCCAGUUAUUGCCAAGUUCUUCCCAAAACAUGAAAACAUGCAUGCAAAAAAAGAUUUUUUUUACCUAUACGGCUAGUUCUGCUUUUUGAAAUUGGUUCACUAGAAUGAAAAUGGCAAGACUAGAAGCAAGGAGUACUUCACCUCCCAAUACUCUGACCUAAUCAAACAAUUUACUUGGAUCACUUCCUGCAACUGGCUUUGCACUAUGUUCUCCAAAAAACUUGAAAACUGAAAGGAGGCAGAAUUGAUAAAGCAUUUCAUUUGCAUUAAAUCAAAUGAGAAAUUUCCAAGAGAGUAUAAUGGAAGUUUCUGAAAAACAUAUCAUUCUUAUUGCAGACCAUGUGGAUAAAAGUGCUUAUCCUCUUGCAGAUCCAAAGAGACUACCACUCAGGUAGCUAUUGGAAAAAACUGGAACUCCUUAGAAAUCAAACUCGUAGUUGGGCUUAUCUUGCCCAAAUACAUCCUUCAUUUUCUUCCCAUAGAUGCAUCCAACUGGGGAUGAAAAGUUGCAGGGGAGGAAGGUGAGACUGUUACCUGACUAAACCUUGUCUGAUUCAGCUAAACCCCUAGAACCAUGUCCCAGCAAGCAGAAAACAGAAGCUAAAGGUGGGGCGGGGGGGACAUGAAUGUAGCAGUGAUUUUCUCCUGGUUUUUUUUUUAUGUCAAAAGAACAUGCCAUUGCAAUGUUGCCUUCUUAUAGGGGUAUGCAACCCACAUGUGGUCCCCCAGCAUCCUACGAUUGCAGCACUGAAAUUUGACAGCAAAAUGGCUGAAACGUUGGUACAGAAAUUUUAGUCCAUUUUUAGACCUUUUCUGGGAAUUAAGUAAGAGCAAUUUCAUCCCCAACAAUCAUCCCCAAAGAUAACAAAGGUGGCCCAAAGAUUUACCUAACCCUCUAUGUAAACAGUUGGAGGUCUACAACCUUAUGUCAUCAUCCAUGAAUUCAAAGGCAGAAGUAAUGGCAAGCAGUCUAAACAUAAUUCCUGCAAGUAUGAAUAAAAGAAAAUUGCAUGUAUGACAGCACUCUUCAUUUGGAUGCCAUGCAUAGAAUAAUAGAAAUGUGGAGUUGGAGGGACCACAAGGAGCAUCUUGUCAACCCCCUGCAAUGUACAGGAAAACCAAUUAACCCAUCCUCAAGCCUUGGCUGUCCAGCCUCUUCCUAAAAACCUCCAGAGAUAGAGAACCCACAACUUUUUCACUGCUGUACAGAUCUUACUGUCAGGAAGUUUUUCCUUAUAUUUAAAUGAAAUCUAGGUAGCUGCAACUUAUACCCAUUGUUUCUGGUCCAAGUUUUUGUGGCAAUGGAACAUCACAUUCAAGUUCAACACCAAGGCUGUCAUGGUUAGCAAUCUUGCCAAAAGAAACAUCUGACAUAGUAUGUACUUCACACAGUGCAUGAUUAACCUGUGCUAUUCAUUACCACAAUAUGUGAUGAUUACAAACCUGGGUGACUUUCAAGGAGAUUGGAUACAUUCAUAGAGGAUAGGUCUUUCAAAGACCAUUGGUUUGAAGACUCAAUGUUGCCUUUGGGUUGGGGUAGCAUGGUUUCAAAUAAUAGUUGGAGCAAUAGUGGAAGAGGGGCAUGUCUGCAUCUCCUGCUUGUGAACACCUCAGAGGCAUCUGAUUGGCCACAUUGAGAAACAAAAGCACAGGACUUGGCCUGAUCCAGCAAGACUGUUCUAAUAUUCUUAAGAUACUAUAUGAAAAACCAAGUAAGCUAGCAUAACCUUUAGCAGGGUCAAGCUAUUUAGUGAGAUAUUGGAAACUUUCCUUGUGGAGGCCAAAUAUAAAAAAUGAAGACUGAAAAUAUAAGUCAUAAUCUUUCUUUAAGACCAGCAAGCAACCCUCAAAGCACUAACUAUUAAAUGAAUGGAGGUCCCAGCAGAAAACAACAACAAUCUAUCAGUUGGGAAAAUUCCAAGCGGCCAAAUUCCCACAAGAAACCAAGUAACUCCUCAACCUGAUACCAGAAGCUCCAUAUUUUAGGUUCAAAUUGGUGGCAGAAAUAUUGUGCAGAUCUAGACAACCACUAUGGAUUGAUGAAUGCCGGAGAUGGCAUUGGACUCUUAAUUCUAACCCCCACUUAAGGAUAAGUCUAAUGCUUCACUGAAUUCCUUAUAUUCCAGUAAUUCAUUACAGUAUUUACGUAGAUCAUAAAACCAUAUCCAGUAUCAGAAGUCUGGAAAUGCUAUUUUUUUUCAUUCCCUAAAAGAUUAGGGAAAUCAGAACCAUUCUGGAUCUUAAAUGCUGAAUAUAUAUUUGAGCAUUAAACAUUUUGAUAAUGGUAAAUCUGAAGUUAAUCAUAGUGUAUCAGAAUAUGACUGGCUUUUAUUGAUCUUUUAGAAAUAUAUCCCAAUAUCCCCAUCUGGAAUUCCUCCAUUUUUAAACUCCUCAUUUUCAGGACAAAAUGUUUAUACUAGUUCCAAGGUUCUCUCUUUAGUUCUGGUAACUUAUUCGCAACCACAGGGUUAAGGACACAUAUGAUCUUCUUGGCUAUAUCACAAGUAUUUGGAGUCUAUCAAGACAUCAAUAACUGGAUUUUUUUGUAUAGGGAUGAUGAAAGGAAUUAUACAACACUGGAAAAAUAAUCUAUACCUGUUUUCCAGCACUGGAUUGGCAGUGUAUGUAAUCAAGAGAAAUCUGAAGACCUGGGGGCUUAGAUGAUAUUCUUAGAUGAUAUUCAGGAAAGAGGACUGGAAAAAUAAAAAAUACUGCAAAUCACUGACUGGCUAUCUAAGUGGUACUGAUGGAGGAGAUUUGGUUUCUGAGUCUAUCUAGAUGAUGGGCUGCUGGCAUAAAAUGGAUUAUGCCUCACAAGGACUGGUAAAAAAAUUAUUUAGUGAUCCUGAUUAGGCUACCUUUAAACUAAAUCCUGUGGAGAUGGAAAUUAAACAUUGAAGUGAGGACCUCAGAUAGACUUGUACACUGGAGACAGUGGAAGCAUUCCUGAACUACAGCCUCUUUAACCACUUUAAAAAAAAUCAGUACUCAAAGUUAAUGGUCAUUGUGGUCUAGAAUAGGAAAUAAACCAGAUGAGCUUGAGCUCAUUAUACAGAGCAGCAGAUAUGAUUUAAUAGGUAAAACAUAGUGAGAUGACUCCCAUGAUAGAAGUACAGCAAUUGAAGAAUUUAUUUGAUUCCAUAAGAAUACAUUUUUAAACAGGGAAUUUGAAUACUUCCCAAGCUAAUUAACAUCUUGAGCUAGUCAUUAUUUGACCACCAUUAAGGGACUAAAGCAAAUUAUAUCUCUACCACACUGGCUUGCCUGGACAACCAUUAUUCAUUAGAAAAGGUGUCUGCUUUGAACACAACCUCCUAUUCCUGUGACUCUUACUUCCCUCCCAAAAUGAAAUUCCCUCAGUGAAAUGCACAGGAAAAUGGGAAUUUCUUGCCUGAGAAUUUUUUUCCCCUCUAAGAUUCAUUGAGGUAAUCACACUUACUGCUUCAUGGGAUCAGCAAGUUUAGUUGGGAUCACAAGCAGAAUUUUGGCUUCUGCUGAUAGAUAUUUGUGAAAGAUUAUCAGUGAUUCCUGAGAUGCUUCCUCACCUGUUCCCUAAAUAAAUGGCCAUCUUGUUGUAUAUAUAGUUUGCGGUUACUUCACCCAGUUCUGUUAAGUGUCUCAUAUCACUUGAUAUAUCAACUUUCUGUUCCAACAAGGAGCUCAGAGGUCUGCAUUCUUCCACUCUGAGGUUGGGCAAUCCUGCUUUUCAUUUCCAGAGGAAGCACCAGCAAUUAGGGAAGGUCUUGGUAAGCUCAGAAAAACAAAAUUUUGCAGACCAAUUCCAGAAAAGCUGUUAAUAUGUUUAGGAUUCAACUGCCUUUCUUUCCAUUCCAUUCAUCAGGUAUACUUCCUAGAGCAAUUGAAGAAGUCAACAUUGGUUAAGGUUAUGCUCUCCUCAGCCCUCAGUCCACCUCUCUUUCUGGGCUAAGGUUGCUGUGAUUUCCAUGAGGAAAAAAAGUCUUCGUAAACUACAGCUACACAAAUAGUGAAACUGAAUGUUCAUGUUCUUCAUAAAUCUUCCUACAUUACAUUCCAUAAUUACAUGAAACCGAAAAUAAUUAUUUUUUUCAGGCUAACUGCCACUUUAAGAACUCUUACCUGAUUAAUCAGAUUUGUGUAUGAAUAAAAAUAGCCCUUCCAGAAAAAAUAUUUUUUUGUUUGAAGUGGUGGGCAUAUGUGUCACAGCACGAAUCAUCUUCACAGGGUUAUUUUGAACUGUUUGAGCAAGUAUGGGAAUAUGUGGUCCUCCAGUUACCGCUGAAAUACACCUCUCCAUUAAGCUAGCUAGCAUGACUAGUGAUGAACGAUAGUAGGAGUUCUGGUUCAGCAACAUCUGGAGGAUCCCUAUUCUCUUUGCUUAAGGGAGAAAGGACAGUCCCCUUGUUAAGAUGUUCGGUGACUCCUCCAGGCUGUUGUGGGAAUGUGGCAAAUCUUUCUUACCACAAAGAUUUGCUAGCUUAGGGAGCCUGCAGGUCUUGACAGGAUGGGAAGAUGCUUCUCAAAUUUGCUGAGCCUCAGUAUGAAAUGCUUGAUUGCUAUAUUCACCAUGUGCCCCAUUACCAUUGUCUAUAACCCCUUUCUUUCCAUAUCAUCCUAGAGGUCAGACGUAUUUGAGGGAGCAGAGUUUCUGUUGACAUACUUUUCAGAGAAAUUGAAUCAGACUGGGGCGGAUGACAAAAAGGCUCACUCUUUUAAAAGGUUUAGACAAUGGCAUACAAAAAAUGCAUUUAUUACCCUGUGGCUUCUAUUUUAUGAACUUUCUCUGUAAAAAAAAAAAAAAAGGAAGUGGCAAAGUGGCAUGUGUGGGCUUCAAAAUCAUUGUGUUAUAUUCAUACCAUGGAAGCAAUAAAAAAGUGAAGAAAA